AUGACAGAAGAAUGGGAAAAAAAUGUUUCACAUGUUCAAUAUUUUCAUCAAUGUCAAGUAUCAUCAUGUAUCUAUUCAUUCAGUGCUAAAUUCAAUAUGAUAUACAUAGCGACAACAUUGAUCGGUUUGGUCGGUGGACUGAUAAAAAUUCUUCGUAUUCUUAUUCCUCGUAUUGUUAAGUUUAUUCGACGUCGAUUCGCACCGCCACCAACAGUAGUGAAUGAACCUAAUACGGUUCGUCGUUCUUUAAUGGAAUAUCUUCGCACUUUCAACUACUUUUCAAAACCAUUAUCCGUACCAAAUGAGACAGAAAUCAAACAACAAAUAAUAAGCACUAGACUUUAUUGUUUACUGCUUGCAAUAUCAUUUAUUGUUUUAAUUACAUACUAUAGCAUGGAACGUGUUAUGACGUCUCAUCAAAUCGAAUCUCCGACAUUUGAACAAUUUAUUCAAUUGCAAACCGAACAAUAUUCUAAUCCUUCUUUUUCUUGUCCUUGUUCAACAUUUGCGAUUGCUCAUGAAAAGUUCAUUCAAAUUAAAUAUGAUCUUCAUCCAUUUUGUUGGUCAGAUUUUAUUUUGAAAGGAUGGUACUUUUAUAUGGAUUUUAAUUGGUACAAUGAAAAUUAUUAUACCUAUGAUUUUCGUAUUCUUAAACGAUUAUUCUUUGCUUCUCUUUACUCAUUUUGUGUAGUAUCCGACGAUCACAUUCAAUCGAGUCUCAUUGCGUUUAAUUCAUCAUUAUUUGUAGCUAAUAAAGCACUUGCUCCUCAAAUAUUUGUCACAGAAAUGGAUAAGAUAAACAAGACAUUCAAGUCAUCAAUGACUCGUUCUUUUAAACGUAAUCUUGCUUUUAUUUUAAAUAUGACACGAAAUAAUGGACUUAUGAGUUCUAAAUUCAGCAACUUUUAUCUUUAUCAUACUGGUACAUAUCCAUUGUUCAACAUGCAAUAUGCCUAUACUACACAUAUAUGUGAAAGCAGUUUUGUCGAUUCUCGUUGGUCAACUGGAAUUUUUUAUACUAGAUUUGUUGGACCUUUAAACAAUCGUGAUUUUCGUAUAGUAGGCGAUGCUAUUUUUCAAACUAUUGCAUCAUUUUGUCAGGUAUCAUUGGCAGCUAUCAAUGAUGGACUUUUGGAAUUCGAUCAAACAUCUUUUAUUACUGUUCAAACUAUUCCAGAAGAUCAACUUGUUGAACAAACUCAAGCCCUUAUUGAUCUAUUUAUUUCUACAAGUGAGAAUGAAUUCAUUAGCUCACUUCAAAUUAUUCGUGAUACAAUACACGCAAAUGUUCUUCUAUCGGGCUUUGAAACAACAAUGUCAACAGAGUUUCGCAUACCUGAUGGAUGGAGCAAUCAGAUAGGUAUAAUACCCAAGACAUACAAUAUGACAUCAUCUUGCUCAUGUUAUAAUGAUCCAACAUGUAUCGAACCAAUCGGUCUCUAUACGCUCUCUCCGAAUAAUACACUUAUUUAUUUAAUUCCAGGAUUUUUUAUCGGUUGCUACAUAGUCGAAGCAACUCUCAAAUCAAAUCUUGCUUCGUUGUACAAUCAAACUUGGAUUGAUGAAUUUCGUGCAAGGAUUCUAUAUGAUUAUUUCAAUUCUAUUCCUUUUAUUACAAAAGCUUUGAAUGCUUCUUAUAACAGUCAAUUCAAUCUCACAACGCCAAUUUAUAUCAUAUUGCAAAAGAUGAUGAUUGAAUCAUGGCACACUCAAAUUAAUUAUUCGGCUUAUUAUGAACAAUGCCAUCCUAUUGAAUGUCAGUAUUCAUACAUUGUCAAGUCUGAUGUUCUUUAUAUGGUCACUACAAUCAUCGGAUUAAUUGGUGGUCUCGUCACUAUUCUUCAACUCGUCAUUCCGCGUGCGGUCAAGCUGAUUCGACGUCAUGCAUUCAAUCGACGUCAACAUACGGCAGUUCAAGUUAUACCAAUAUCAUAA